CUCCUAAAGCCUGACAAGAAACAUGGAGCCCCAAAACAAAACAUCUGUGUUACAGUUCCUUCUUCUUGGAUUUACAGAUGAUGCAGAACUUCAGUCUGUCAUCUUCAGCCUCUUCCUGUUCAUAUACUUAGUCACCAUCCUUGGAAACCUGCUCAUAAUUCUGUGUAUAAGCUUUGAGUCCCACCUCCAAACCCCCAUGUACUUCUUUCUCUCUAACUUGUCCUUUAAUGACAUUGGUUUAAGCACAGCCACAGUCAUCAAGAUGCUGGUUAACAUCCAAACAAAUGACCAAAGCAUCACUUACACAGGGUGCCUCACACAGCUCUUCUUUGUACUUGCUUUUGCAUACUUUGAAAAUUUUCUCCUUACAGUGAUGGCCUAUGAUCGCUAUGCAGCUAUUUGUCACCCUUUAAGGUAUAACAUCAUUAUGAAUCCUAACUUAUGUGUUCUACUCUCACUAAAUUCUCUGUUCAUUAGUAUUAUGGAUGCCUUGAUUCACACUCUUAUGGUGCAGCGGCUAUCCUUCUGCACAGAUCUGGAAAUCCCUCACUUUUUCUGUGAACUUGAUCAGGUCAUCAAGCUUUCCUGUUCUGACACCCUAAUUGACAACAUUGUGCUCUUUGUUGCUACUUGUUUAUUUGGUGGUGUUCCUCUUUGUGGAAUCAUUUAUUCUUAUUAUCAUAUUAUGUCUACAAUCUUGAAGAUAGCAUCAUUGGAGGGAAAGUACAAAGCCUUCUCUACUUGUGGGACUCACUUGUCAGUGGUUUCUUUAUUUUAUGGGGCAGGUUCUAUGGUAUAUAUUAGCUCUGCAAUAAGUGCCUCACCAGGAAAAUCUGCAGUGGCUUCAGUGAUGUACUCUGUGUUUCCUCAAAUGAUGAAUCCUUUUAUCUACAGUUUAAGGAACAAUGACAUGAAAGUUGCCAUAAGAAAUCUUUUUAGCAGGACCAUUCCACUUGAAUAAUGUGUACUGUGCUUAGAGU